AAAAAAAGUUUUUUGAAACUGAUGACGUGGGGGCUAGCUAGCUUGGUGUGGAUAAGUUGCAGAAGCGAUUAGAUUUGGGGAAACAGCGGAAGGGAAUAUGUCGAUGGAGGUCACCACCGUUCUCAGACCUCUCGUCAUCGCCGGAAAACCUACGCUUCCUCUUCUCCGACCGAAGAUUGUCCAUCUUCUUCGUCUCUCGCUUCCGCUUCGUCUCCCCCAUCUAUCUUAUUCUUCCACCUCUCGUCUCACUUCUCCCAUAUCAUUCGCUACACAGGAGAGUAGUAACCUGAGCGAAAGUGAUACGAGCGAGUGGGUGAUGCAAGAUUUUUAUACAUUGAGGAAGGAUGUAGAAAUAGCAUCAGCUCGUGUUGAAGAGAUUAGAGCUUCUGCUGGUUUGGAGCAGUUACAACACGAAAUUGCUCUUUUGGAGUCAAAAGCUACUGAUACCUCCUUCUGGGACGAUCGUGCUAAAGCUCAAGAAACGCUUUCCGCCUUGAACGAUCUCAAAGAUCGGUUGCGCUUGCUCUCUGAAUUCAAAUCUAUGGUUGAAGAUGCGGAAACGAUUGUUAAGCUAACAGAAGAGAUGGAUUCUACUGAUGUGAGCCUGCUUGAAGAGGCCAUGGGAAUCAUCAAAGAGUUGAACAAAUCCGUUGAUCGAUUUGAGCUAACGCAGCUUCUGUCAGGACCUUAUGAUAAAGAAGGCGCGGUAGUCACCAUUACUGCUGGAGCUGGAGGGACUGAUGCUCAGGAUUGGGCCGACAUGCUACUUAGGAUGUAUAUGAGAUGGGGGGAGAAGCAGCGGUACAAGACUAAAAUUGUUGAAAUGUCGGCUGGAGAGGAAGCUGGGAUUAAGUCUGCCACGCUUGAGAUCGAAGGGCGUUAUGCGUAUGGUUACCUUUCUGGGGAGAAAGGAACUCAUAGGAUUGUACGACAAUCACCAUUCAAUUCCAAAGGCCUUCGCCAGACGAGCUUUUCUGGUGUGGAGGUGAUGCCGCUUCUGCCUGAUGAAGCAGUCGGAGUUGAAAUACCAGAGGAGGACCUUGAGAUUACUUUCACGAGGGCUGGUGGAAAAGGAGGACAGAAUGUCAACAAGGUUGAAACUGCUGUUCGCAUUACACACAUCCCUACUGGCGUUGCGGUCCGUUGCUCAGAGGAGAGAAGUCAAUCGGCGAACAAGACGAGAGGUCUGGCCCGACUUAAGGCGAAACUGUUGGUGAUUGCGGAGGAGCAGCGUGCGACUGAAAUCAAGGAAAUAAGAGGAGAUGUAGUGAAAGCUGAGUGGGGACAGCAGAUCAGGAACUACGUGUUUCAUCCUUACAAACUGGUUAAGGAUGUCCGAACAAGUCAUGAGACUUCAGAUAUCACAUCUGUAAUGGAUGGUGACUUGGACCCUUUCAUCAAAGCUUACCUUAAGCAUAAGUACACCUUAGCCAUGGCUUCUGUUGUAGCCAAUUAGAACAUUUUGAUAGGUUUCUUCUCUUUUAUUUCUCUCAUUAGAUAGAGUCAUCUCCUCCUACACUGUUCAAUUUACUAUAAAAUCUCCAAAAUUUUAAACAGACAAGCUUAAACAAGAUCCUAAUGCAAUUCAAUUCUGUUUGUAA